GGGAAAGAAAGGUUAAGCAAAACUGUGGUUUACAAUGGAUGUGUAAAGCAGCAACGAUUAAGUGGAUUCCAGUCCCUGAGAAGAAGAUACAAAGCACUGACUAAAGCUAAUGGGCAAAGGAAGCAGAGCUGAGGAAAGAUUAUCUCUGUUUGCGGAUCAUAAAAGAGUUUGCAAUGGCAAUGCUCUGGAAAUUCAUGAGAGUAGCUAAGUAUUCUAAAACAUCUUUAUCACCAAAAGUAAGGGUAAGAGGAAUUCCUGCCAAUUCAAGGCAUUCUUCAUCCAAGUCUGUACCUUCGGAUUUUGCUGCCAGCACACCCUGCUCAAAUACUGUGGAACUGCUUGGUAAAGCUUAUCCUCAAGACAUCUACAGCAAUGUCACAGAGAAGAUUCUUUCCAAGGUGGGGAAGAACUUGCACAACAAAAAGCAUCACCCUUUGUGGCUAAUCAAGGAGCAGGUGAAGGACCACUUUUACAAACAAUAUAUAGGACGCCAUGGGACACCGCUCUUUUCUGUCUAUGACGGUCUUUCUCCAGUGGUUACAGUACAGCAGAAUUUUGAUAGUUUGCUUAUCCCACAAAACCAUGCCAGCAGAAGGAAAGAGGAUAACUAUUACUUGAAUCGUGAUCACAUGCUAAGAGCACAUACAUCAGCUCAUCAGUGGGACUUGAUACACUCUGGCCUAGAUGCCUUUCUGGCAGUGGGAGAUGUCUACCGCCGUGACACAAUUGAUAACUCCCACUACCCAGUCUUCCAUCAGAUGGAAGGAGUUCGGCUCUUCUCCUGUCAUGAGUUGUUUUCCAACAUUAAAGAUGGUGAAGGCUUACAGUUGUUUGAGCAAGGUCAUCGCACUGCACACAAGCAAGAGUGUCACACCAUGGAGGCAGUGAGGCUGGUGGAGUUCAACCUGAAGCAAGUGCUCACAAAGCUCAUGGCUCACAUCUUUGGUGAUGAACUGCAAGUCAGAUGGGUAGACUGCUACUUCCCAUUUACUCACCCUUCCUUUGAGAUGGAGAUCCACUUCCAAGGAGAAUGGAUGGAGGUCCUGGGCUGCGGGGUCAUGGAGCAACAGCUAGUUAACUCAGCUGGUGCACAGGAUAAAAUUGGCUGGGCAUUUGGCUUGGGUUUGGAGAGGCUGGCCAUGAUCCUGUACGAUAUCCCUGACAUCCGACUGUUCUGGAGUGAAGAUGAACGCUUCUUGAAGCAGUUUAUUGUGCCUCACAUUUGGCAAAAAAUAAAAUUCCAGCCACUCAGCAGAUACCCACCUUUGAUCAAUGACAUCUCCUUUUGGCUGCCUUCUGAGACAUACUCUAAGAAUGAUUUCUAUGAUUUGGCUCGAACCGUUGGUGGAGACCUGAUAGAAAAGGUUGUCCUAGUGGAUGAAUUUACCCAUCCAGAGUGCUGAUCUCUGUGUCCAAUUACCUGAGGAUUUUUCUCUGCAGUCAACAUUUUGAUCAGUCAGAUCAGUCCAGUACAGAGAGCAUGAUCUGGAACUUUCGUGGCUAAAGACAACACUUCUGUGGUGUUUCAAACCUGUGGCACCAGGCGUGCGGGAGCGGUGGCACUGGACCAUUAGCGUUACCAGCACAAUGCAGCACCUUAAAAACUGGGGAGAACUGAAUGGGAACUGAAAUGCCUAAUAGUUCAAUGAGAUGUAAAUAAAAUACUUGGCCAGAAGACAGUCCUGGUUUCGGAAGAGUUCGUUUCACUUGGGCACAGGGUCAUCCGUGUCCUGGUUUCACCAUAGGUGGAGGAGGUGAUGGUGAUUAAAAUGAAACAGGAGCCCAGCUGGCUUAAAAAUGAGGGAUUGAACUGUUGCAUGAGAGUUGAAGGCACAUGUGCUUAAUCAUUUCUCCGUAAGGCUGCAGUUUUAUUCAAGGACUAGAAGGAUGCAGGUGGAUUGGGAAAUCCAUAGCACAAAUUCUCUACCAGCAUGAAUAGGGUGACAAUAAACAGGGUGACAACAUCAGUUUACCCCUGUGGAGAAAAUUGCUUAGCAUUU